CCACUGGAGUCAUAUGGAUUACUUUGAUGCUGCCUUUAUGUGCUUUUUGGAGCUUCAAAGCAGUGUUAGUAUAGUUUUUUUUUUUUUUAAUUAUUAUUAGUUUUUAUUUGUAUAUUAUUUUCAAUUUCAAGUUGAAUUUCAGUUUUAGUAAUUUUAGUUUUAGGAACUGACCUCUUUAGAAAGUACUUCAGCUGACUGAGUGAAAAUGGAUGAAGACUAAAUUUAUGGCACACAAGUUCUGGUGGUACAGGCAAACUUACUAACAGAGAUGGUGUAAUAAAUGUUCAAACAAAAAUUCAGAUUUAACCAAGAUAUUAUUUAUUGUAUACAGAAGCAAUGCAACAUGCUCACAUCACUACUGAGAUAAAUGUAUUUCCAAUCACUGCCAACUAAGGAACAAAAUCUGUGGACUGACAGAGUACCGUCGCUCCCUAUACGCAUAUCUUACACAGUCUGCAAAGGGCACCAAUUUACCCUAGGGUGGCACCUUAAACUCCACCAGCUGCCCUUAAUCUGCGGGCACGUUAUACGUUAUUCAAGGACCCGCAAGCAGUCGCGAAACAGACGAUCGCACUGUCCACCACGCUUCGCGCACCUAUUUGAACUAUUGGCCCAAGCGUGUUACCUUUCAAGACACGAUGAUAAAGUCUUUUGUUUAAUGCUGCUCGUUGUUACCUUGUUUCUGAUGUCUUUGCCACGGUCAAGGAAUGCCUAGUAUUGCACUGCCCUUGUUUGCUUUCUGCCAGUCGUCAUUACAACAAUGUACCCCGAAACUCAGCUGGCACAUUUUGCAGACUCAGUGUAGGCAUGGCUCCGAACUCCUCCACCAAUUGUUGUGGUGCUAUAUGACCGUUCAAAAUCACAGGUGAGUUCUGUUUGCCCCUUGACAUUCACAUAAUUCUGGAUGGAAAAAUACGAAAACUAAAUAACUAAUAGUUAUUGUGUGUGUGUGUGUGUGUGUUUUUUUUUAUUUCAGUUAGUUUUCAAGGAAAGGUUUUAAAGUUUUUUUUUUUAAUCUAAUAUUCGUAUCUUUAGUUAACGAAAAUUAGUUUUUUAUUUUUUAUUAUUAGUUUUAUUAGUCUUAGUUAACUAUAAUAACACUGCUUCAAAGUUCUGGUCACCAUUCACUUGCAUUGUAUGGACCUACAGAUCUGAGAUAUUCUUCUAAUCUUCGUCUGUGUUCAGCAGAAGAAAGUCAGACACAACAGAGACGACAUGAGGGUGAGUAAAUGAUUAGAGAUUUUUCAUUUAAAAGUGCGGCCCUCGAGGCUAAAGGGAUCCUGCUUUCCCGCACCCCGGAUUUCCAAAGUUGAGUACCCCUGCUUUAAAUCCUUGCCAUUUCAGUGUAAUGUCUAUGUCUGAUAUAUAUGUCAAAUUCAAAUACUGUGAAACAUUACACUCAGGAUAAAUUGGUCUCCAUUUUACAGCUCAGCCAAGAAUGUUAGAAAGAAAAAGGGACAUCACACUUAAACCUGAUGUGACCAUUUUACUAUUUUAUAAUAUUGUAUAUCAUUUAUUUAAUUGUUUGACUGCACAAAAGGAACUGCAAUUGUCUCAAUCAGUUGCAUGGAUAUUUUGUCAGUUUGAAUAUUAAAGUACAUCAUUUUAUGAAAAGGUCUUGUGUCUCUGGCACCUAAUGAUUCCAGAGUGUCUCCUUAAUAUCUGGAAGGAUUACAAAGCAAUCCACCAUAAUCACGUCAAUUUAAUCAUGUUCAAAUCGGCUUGAGCAUAAUAGAAAAUAGUUACAAUUCCAUGAAUUGAUUUUAUUUGAUCUAUUAAGUGUAUCAUAAAGUCCGCCCAAUAUCUGGCAGCAGAGUAGCCUGAGCGCUAACGGGACAGACGGAUGAGGGAGGCACAGCUUUACGCAACAGCUGGAAAGUUUCUGUAGGUCGCACACACUCGGUUAAAGAGUUGGCUAAAGAUUUAUUUUAACGCAUAUUUCCCAUUAAUCGCUUACUGGCAGUUUAGAAAAAGGUUUUUACGCUGUAUUAGGAGAAAUGCGCGGUCGAAAUGCUUUGGCGCUUCUGCUGAUUUUGCUGUUGCGCUGCGGGAGCGCAUCGGGUGAACGGGGACCGAAGGUGUCUAGGAGAGCGUCGAGGACUCGGUCCUGUCUGGAUUUACCGGAGGAGAUUUUGGAGCAGAUGUUCGGAAGGCUCUCGGUCGGGGUGCUCAGUGCGUUUCAUCACACCCUACAGCUCGCGCCCCCGGAGCGCCAGAAUAUGACCUGUCCAUCAGCGGGUCGCUUUGCGCGUGACAGAUCACGUACCCCAGUAAACUUCCUCAGCCUCUCACCGUGGGCGUACAGAAUCUCCCACGAUCCAGCGAGGUACCCACGAUUUCUUCCGGAGGCAUAUUGUUUGUGUAAAGGAUGCCUAACGGGUCCGAACGGGGAGGAAAGUGACCGGUUCCGAAGCACUCCCGUUUAUAUCCCCACCGUCAUACUGCGCCGUACCGGUUCGUGUAUCGGGGGCCGUCAUUCCUACACCGAGAGCUACGUUUCCGUCGCCGUGGGUUGUACUUGUGUGCCAAGCGUGAAAAAAGCAGUUUCCACCACCAUUAGAAAAAAUAAACAGAAAAGCUGAU